AUGUCCGCUCCAAUCCCCAGACCCUCUUCUACCACCACCGGGUCAUCCGACUCGAUGGCCUCGACCGCAAGCCAGCAAUUCACCGGCAGCAUGGACUCCUACGCGCUCUCCAUGUACGAACACACGAGAAGCCUGAUGGCGGCUGCCCAUAUUCCCUAUGGCAGCCCCGCCAGCCUCCUGCUCGCGACCUCUCCGGGCUCUCCCGGCGCGCCCGCCGUAGCCGGAACCAGCUCCGGCGGCGCUUCGCGGAUGAAAGCUGCUCGAUUACCAGUACCCCUCGUCCCAUUGCUGCCAACCGAAACCUUCCGAAGGAACCGCAACAACAAGUCUCCGGUUUGUCUCGAGACUGCAUCAUACACUACCCUGCUGUCGGCGUGGCCUUUGGCCCUGGUCGACGGCGUAGCUAGCGCCGCUCGACGGGACAAGACACAUCCCUGCGGUGCUCUCAAGGGUGCAGACAACCGACAUGACCUUUGUUGUCCCUCGCGAUGUUCGGCCUCGGAAGCCCCGAUUGCUGGGGAUCUCUAA